AUGAGUCUCAGUCUUAACCUCCGAAGGAGCUCCAUAUGCCCUUACAAGCCGACUCUCACACACGCCAACCUCGAUGAUCAGGGAGGAAAGGUCUUUAUCGUCACUGGAGGCUCUGGUGGACUCGGCAAGGAACUUGUCAAGAUUUUGUACCAGCACAACGCGAGAAUCUAUAUUGCAGCCCGAUCAGAGGAAAAGACGAACGAGAUCAUUGCAGAAUGCAAGCAAGACCAUCCUACGUCGAAAGGGGAACUUUUUUUCUUACGACUAACUCUUGAUGAUCUCUCGACUAUCAAGCAAACAGCGCAAGACUUCCUCGCUCGCGAAUCCAGACUUGAUGUAUUAUGGAACAAUGCCGGUGUCAUGGUUCCUCCUAAGGGUUCGAAGACGAAACAGGGCUAUGAGCUGCAGCUGGGUGUUAAUAACCUUGCGCAUUUCCUUCUAACGCAUUUCCUCCGUCCGGUGCUGGAGAAGACAGCUCAGGUGGCUCCGAAAAACUCUAUCAGAGUCAUCUGGGUGUCGUCGAGUGCUGCUGACGCAGCGCCAAACCCGGCUAUUGACUUCUCCAACAUGGAUUACCACAAAGAGGAGGGUAUCUGGCAGAUGUACUCUCGAAGCAAGGCUGGAAAUGUGAUCCACUCAUGCGAAUUCGCCAGAAGAACAAAGGGUUCGGGUAUUAUUAGUCUUGCUCUGAACCCCGGAAACUUUGUCACUAAUCUGCAGGACAAUAUGCCUAAGCUACAGCUUGCUGCAUUUAAAAUGAUUGCCUCCGAACCCAUCAACGGCGCAUAUACGGAGCUAUUCGCAGGCCUCAGUCCAAGUAUUACAGAGGCGAAUAAUGGAGGGUGGGUCUCGCCGUUUGGCAAGAUCGAAGCCCCCCGCAAAGACUUUACCGAAGCUGAGAUUGGAAACCAGUACUGGGAAUGGUCUGAGACACAAGUGAGACCGUAUUGGUGA